AUGACACUUACACAAACAAUUGGGAAACAUACACCAUCAAAAGAGAAAUUCUCCUUAAAGAAGAAAUUCUUCAAUAAUGAUAAUUCUCCACCAGAAAUUUUCAACAAGACUUUAUAUAUAUCAGUAUUUGUAUUUGGUAUAUUGGGUUGUGCAAGAGGUUAUGAUGAAGGUAACAUCUCUGGUAGUGUUGCUCAAACGUCAUUCAUUAAAGAAUUUGGUUUAAAAGAUCCUUCUAAAACAUCAUCACAAUUGGCAAAUUUAAAAUCAAAUAUAACUUCCAUGGUUCAAUUGGGUUCAAUUGGCGGGUGUCUUAUUGCUAUGUAUCUUGUUGAUAAAUUGGGUAGAAUUAGAACAUUACAAGUUGUCUGUAUUGGAUGGAUAGUUAGUGGGAUUAUUCAAAUAACGUCAAAAUCAGUGGGUCAAUUAUAUGCAGGGAGAUUGAUUGAAGGUUUAUUUAUUGGUCAAACUACUGUGAUUGGACCUACUUAUCUUUCAGAAGUUUCACCAAAAUCUAUCAGAGGGUUAUGUAAUUGUGUCUUUGCCGGUGCUGUUUAUUUUGGUGUUAUGAUUGCAUAUUUUGCAAAUUAUGGUACUGCAUUACACGUUUCAAGUUCAUCAGCGAAACAAUGGAUCAUGCCAACUUCUGUAAAGAUUAUACUUGGUGGAUUAUUAUUUAUUGGAUCAUGGCUUUGUAAUGAAUCUCCUCGUUGGUUAGUUAAAGUUGGUAAAAUUGAAAAAGCUUUUAAAAAUUUAUCCAAGAUUAGAAAUUUAGAUGAAAAUCAUCCUUAUAUUAUUAGUGAAAUUUCAGAUAUUCAAGAACAAUUGAUUGAAGAACGUGAAGAAACUGGUAAGAAAUCUAGAGUUGAUUUGCUUAAAGAGUUGUUUUUAGUUAAAUCUAUUAGAUAUAGAUUAUUUGUUGGUAUUGCUGCACAAAUAUUGGGUCAAUGGUCAGGUGCUAAUGCAGUUACUAUUUAUAUGCCAGAAUUAACAGCAAUGGUUGGUUAUAAAGGAACCAAAAAAUUAUUAAUGACUGCAGUUUUGGGUGUUGUUAAAUUCUUUUCAGCUUAUAUGUGUGCCUUUUUUUUGAUUGAUUAUAUUGGUAGAAGAAGAUCAUUAUACACAGGUAUCACUAUUCAAUUUUUUUCAACACUUUAUUUUGCCACUUAUUUAGCUAUUGUUCCAGAAGCUACAAGUGAUGAUUUUGAUCCAACCCCAUCACAAAGAAGAGCAGGGACAGGUGCCUUGGCUAUGUUGUAUUUAAACGGUGUUGGUUGGACAAUGGGUUGGAAUUCAAUUCAAUAUUUGAUCAAUAGUGAAAUGUUUCCAUUAAGAAUUCGUAAUUUUGCAGUUGCUUUAAUUAUGACAUUUCAUUUUGCUAAUCAGUAUGGUAAUUCUAAGGCUACUCCAACAAUGCUUUUACAAAUGACAAGUUAUGGAUGUUUUUACUUCUUUUCAGGUGUCUUGAUCUUGGGUUUGUUUUGGUGUUGGUUCUUUUUACCAGAGAUUAGUGGUCGUUCUUUGGAAAGUAUGGAGGAAUUGUUCAAUUUACCUUGGUAUUUGAUUGGUAGAAGAGGUGCUGAAUUGUGUCCAGAUGUUAGUGGUAUCAAUAAUGUUCAUGUUAAUGAUACUGGAAGUAUUAGUAUUAAACAAGAGGCACAAUAUAUUGAAAAUAUUUCACAAGACGGAAAAAGUGUUAGAUCAGUUGGGCGUGAAGGUGAUGGACAUAAUGGAGUUCUAAUGAAGAAUAAUGCUACAAGUGAUCAUAAAGGUACUACUGCAUCUAGUUCAAGUGAUGACGUAAUGAAUGUUGAUUUGGAAAAACAGUGA